UCCCCGGACCCUGCAUUCCCUAUAUCUGGUCUCCCCGGACCCUGCAUUCACUAUAUCUGGUCUCCCCGGACCCUGCAUUCACUAUAUCUGGUCUCCCAGGACCUUGCAUUCACUAUAUCUGGUCUCCCAGGACCCUGCAUUCACUAUAUCUGGUCUCCCAGGACCUUGCAUUCACUAUAUCUGGUCUCCCAGGACCCUGCAUUCACUAUAUCUGGUCUCCCCGGACCCUGCAUUCACUAUAUCUGGUCUCAAAGGACCUUGCAUUCACUAUAUCUGGUCUCCCAGGACCCUGCAUUCACUAUAUCUGGUCUCCCCGGACCCUGCAUUCCCUAUAUCUGGUCUCCCAGGACCCUGCAUUCACUAUAUCUGGUCUCCCAGGACCCUGCAUUCCCUAUAUCUGGUCUCCCCGGACCCUGCAUUCACUAUAUCUGGUCUCCCCGGACCCUGCAUUCACUAUAUCUGGUCUCCUCAGACCCUACAUUCACUAUAUCUGGUCUCCCCCAGACCCUGCAUCCACUA